AUGGCGCAUCCUCUCUUGGUAACGAAGCAGAGGGAUGCUAUUGGCUCCAAAGCCUUCUCGAGACCUCAAGUCAAACGCCGCUCGGAAGUCACCACGAGGAAAGAUUUGUCGUCGAUGCAAGGAAGUUCCGAUUCGGAGCCCAGUCUCAAACGCGACGGCAGCACAAGAAACAGCCACCGCGCCUCCUUGAGCAACUUAUGGCACAAAACUGUCUCCCGUAUGCCGACCUUCAGCAAAAAAGAUACCUUGAAAGGACAGGUUGCCAGGGCUGCCGACGCCUCCUCAAAAAGUCAAUCCGAUUCGCAGACCGACGAAGGUGAGCAGCAUCAGACCGACAAGUCUGCAACUAGCAAGGACGAUAUCACGUUAUCCCAGAGGAAGAAAGGAGUUGCCCUUGAGGAUCGAGUGCUCGAUGUGUCGCUAUCAGCAUUGGCUUUGGCCCGGCGACCUAGGUCCUUAGAUCUCAAGAAACUCUGGGUAGAUGCUUCGGCAGCAGCAGAUCUGAACUUCAUUACAUCGGCCUUGGACAAGGAAAACGGCAAGGAAAAGCAGACAUCAAAGCCAGCCUCCACUGAUCAGCAUGUGAACUUGGAUUCUGGAACAUCGCAACCAGUCGAGGCGAAAAGAUCCCUUGAGCUGGCCAACGAAGUCUUGAAGGCGGAAUCUGGGAACAUGGUUGCGAGCGUCAAGGCGAAUGAUCCAACCUCCGCCGUUGUCCAAGCUGAGAUGUCCAACAGAAUUCUACCUGCGGUGAAUACUGAGGCGGCUGAUCCACCCUCCACUGUCUGUCCGGUUGAGAUGUCCAACAGAAUUAUUCCCGUGGUGAACACCGCGUUGAGCAGAUUUCCUACGGAGUCCGACUCUCGAGAUGGCAUUGCCAGCACAGAGGCGACGGGCCCGAGAAUUAAAGAGGUGACCGUUCGAGACGCCGCGUACACUCCAAUUGAGAAGCCCGAGUUUGAACGAUCAACGAGAGAGCACAUAUUGAGACCGUACGCUCAGAUUUCCGGCAAGUAUGGACCUUUCUAUCCUACUGCAAGGAUGCGGGCAUCAAUUAACCUGGCCUCGCAAGAUGUUAUAGGCAUUGCCUCCCAUGGAACAAAGGCUAAUAAUUUACGCAGGGAAGACUGGAAGAGCGAUACUACUGUAGCUGGGCCGGAGAAAGACAAUGUUCCAGACACGACACUUAUUCGCAAACAAUCGGAAGACGCACAACUCCAACAGUGCCUGUCUUUGCCACACAACGUGAACGAAGGUAAGGCCGAGACCAAGCAUAAAUACGGCGAAUGGCUGUCGAGGAGCGCUAUUUCAGUGACGGAUAAUUCGACAAUGACUCGCGAAAUUCAUAGAGAGACGAUGGACACAGGCCGGCUCGCUGUGAUUCCGGAUAUGACCCUAGAACUCGAGUCUACGAAGGAAAACGGAUACAGCAUUAUCUACCCGCCGGACUACGUUUCCAAACCUCGACAACUGAACGCCGUCAUGUCAUUUCUGAUGGCAAAGGCAGGACUAUCACUAGCAAUGACACCAGCAGUCUGCGCAUUGAUUCAGGUGGCUCAGCUCCGAAGGAGAAAGACAAAAGAUACGACGUUCAUCAAACACAUUGACAUUGCUUCUCUCGACCAUUCCUACAAUCAAAUGCGGAAGUUGGCAUUCCCUGGAGACCCGAUCGGUGGCCCCGAGAGCCGGCUUGAGACAUCGGUCUAUUACGACGGUGUCAGCUGGGACGUUUGUGAGGACUACAGUGAUGUGGAUGAGGUUGAACUGUGA